UGAUUCACUUUUUCAGUGGAAAAUUGACAACCUUGUUCCUAAGGUUUUUUUGGUAUUUGUCUCUAUUCUCAGCGUUAUUUUCUAGUCUGCGAUAUUGAUAUUCAUAUGGCUUGUAAAGAAAAGUCAGUCUGCUUUGGCUGCAAAAUGCAUCUUCAAGCUCCUUUUAUAAAAUGUGUAGAAUGUUCAAAAUCAACAUUGAUAUGUUUACAUUGCUUUGCUCAGGGUUAUGAGACUUCAACUCACCAUAACGACCAUUCGUAUGAAGUGAUCUCCUUAGACUUCUGCCUCAUUGAACGUACAUGGACAGCAUUGGAAGAGAUGGCAUUGCUCGACUCUAUUGCUGAGUGUGGUCUUGGCAAUUGGAAUGAUAUUGCAUGCCGCAUAAGAACAAAAUCUCCUGAAGAAUGUGAAAGUCAUUAUUUAGAUAACUAUAUAAAUUACCCACAACAACAACUUCAAAGAAUUAUGCAGCAUACAAGUCCAGAAGUUAAUAAUUGUUAUCGCAUGAUACCAUAUGAGCCAAGUGAGGAUCCACCACGACCAAAGGAUGACCCUGGACAAGCUACAGAUAUGGCUAAUUAUAUGCCAUGCCGGGGUGAUUUUAAUGUUGAGUAUGAUAAUUUUGCUGAAUGUGAUAUCAAAGAUGUUGAAUUUGAUUGUGAAGCUAGAGAAGAUGAACAACUGAAAGUUGGUGCAGUUGAAAUUUAUCUCUCUCGUGUAAAGGAACGAUGUUAUCGUAAAAGAAUUAUCAAGGAUUAUGGUUUAAUAAAUGUACACAAGACAGAGCUUAUUGAACGAAGCUUCUCAAAAGUAGAAAAAGAUUUGCGUGAUAAGCUGAGGCCUUUUGCAAAACUGCAUAGUGCAGAGAAGCAUGAGCAAUUUAUUCAAGGUUUGUUAUUAGAACAUUACUUGAAACAAGAAAUACAUGAAUUGCAACUUUACCGAGCUGGAGGACUAACUUUGAAAGAUAGUGCAAAUUUGUAUCAAGUAUCUCAACAAGAAAGAUUGAAGCAUAUCAGCAAAGGUAGCAUGGUGAAUGAUAUAUUAAGUUUGUUUGAAGAUAAAUUUGCCUGUCAGAACUGGCUGCAAAAGCAGGCAAUAUCACAGAGUACAGCCGCAGUUGUUCCAAUGCCCUUAUUAGGGCGUAAACCUGCAACAAGGCUGGACAUUAGUGGAACCCCAGGUAUAGAAAGAUUAACAGAAGAAGAGCGUGACUUAUGUGCAAAGCUAAGAUUUUUACCUCAUGCUUAUCUUCAGUAUAAGCAAAUGUUGAUUAAAGAAAAUCAGUUAUUAGGCUGUCUAAAGUUAGCUCAGGCAAGAGCUCUUAUCAAAAUUGAUGUGAAUAAAACCCGAAAGCUGUAUGACUUUUGUGUCAGGCAUAACUGGAUUAACCAAUGUGAGAAUUAACUUAUAUCAUUGUGAUCUGUUGCUUCAUAAAUUUUAAUAAA